GUGGCAGACUCAGCCUCGUCAAGUCCAGCCUUGCAACAUGCCGAGCUUUAACCGGCACGUUGGCUGCCAAAAAGCGUCUCCUUUUUGCACGGCCUUGUCAACGCCUUGGGACACUGAGAAUGUGCAGCAAUGAUCGAAGGCUCGCAAACCGGAUCAGUCGGGUAGGCAACUCCAUCAAGCUUUGAUAUGGGGAUAUUGGCGGUUAAUCUGAUGCUCGUUCCUGUCUUCACCUCCAAGCCCUCUGGGACCGUGCCGGCGUGAGUUCAAUGACAGGAGAAGAGGUACACGUUCCGGACGUUCUACAGACUAUCUACCCUGGAUGCUUUAGUCAAGAUGCCGAAUCUACACCCUCUUCACGAUCAAGUGACGACCGCUCUCCAAUCCAGAUACCACCUUCAGGUUAAUACGCAAUGGCUCAACGACUUCCUCUCAUCACGCGGACCAAAUCCGCCGCCACUGCCAGCCCUCCUAUCGACAGCACAGUUCCGCCUCCUAGCAAGUGACAUCACCACAUCGCUAUCACCGCCAUCAACCGACCUUCUACCACAAGAGAUCGCCGACGUAAGCGUCAAAGAACGGAUUCUCUCAGGCCAUGUGAUCGUCCAAGUCCUAGAUGUUUUGGACAUCGGAUCCAGCAAGUGGAGUCAAGUCGAGGCGAUCGAACGCGUGGAACGCGGCGAGGAGAUUCGUGGACGCGAAGUCAUCCGCACGGUCGACGGUAUGGAAGACGAAGACGGGUCGGGCCCAGGUCCUGCUGCCACUGCUAUCACAAGGUCUGCUCCUACGACCGGGAAUCCGAACGCGUCAUCUACUGCGAGCAAGAAAUUGAGCGCAGGACCACAUAAGCUCGUCAUUCAAGAUGCCCGAGGAACCAAGGUCAUCGCCUUUGAGCUCGUCAAAAUCCCCAAGAUUGGACUGUCGAUCGCCGCGUCCGCCGUGCUGCCUGGUUCUCAGAAUGGCCGAGCGUCCAGUCAAGAUGACCCAGGCAUGUUCAUUGGUUGCAAGCUACUCCUGAAGCCUAGCACGAUGGUCCGCAGAGGGAUGGUCAUGUUGCGGCCUGACAGGUGUGACGUGCUAGGUGGCAAGGUCGAGGCUUGGGAUAAGAAGUGGAAAGAAGGGAGGAAACAGACGCUGACUACAUUGGUGUCGGAGGGAACGUAACGCGGAUCAGCGAUUACAACAUACAAGUCUCGAACGAACGGGUACCGACAUUGGUUGGCUUACGACGCUCACACCUAGGCUAUGCAGCAUCGAAACCUGAGACAGGUCUUC